AUGAAGCUGUGUCUUGUCGCCCUGUCCUGUCUGCUGUUGGCCGCCAACGCUCGCGUCCUCGACCAGUACGAGGAAAUCGAGCUCGACUACCACGAGAAUGUCGGCAUCCCUAAAGCGGAAGCCAUCCGCCAAGCGGAGCUCGCCGCGGACUUCGAUGGCAGCAGGAUCGUAGGCGGCUCCACCGUCAACGGCCUCGGAGAGUGGCCCUUCAUGGGUGGUCUUAUCAUCGCGUUGACUGACGGACGCACAUCAGCCUGUGGUUCUUCCCUCCUGUCUGCGACCAAGCUGGUGACCGCCGCCCACUGCUGGCGUACGCGCAACACACAGGCUCGUCAGUUCACCGUCGUACUCGGAUCACUGCGUCUCUUCUCCGGCGGCACCCGCGUCAACACCAACAGCGUAGAGAUGCACGGCAGCUAUAAUAUGAACAACUUGGCUAACGACAUCGCUAUCAUUACCAUCAACAGAGUCAAUCUCAACAACAACAUCAACACGGUAACUCCUGCUUCCGGCAAUAACAACUACGCCGGUGCUUGGGCGCGCGCCGCCGGCUUCGGACUCACCAGUGACGGUGGCAACAUCGGCAACAACCAGGCGCUGUCGCAUGCUAGAGUGCAGGUCAUCACCAACGACGUGUGCCGCCGCACCUUCGGCAACACCGUCCGAUCCUCCACACUCUGCAUCAGCGGCGCCAACCGCGUCAGCACCUGCAACGGAGACUCCGGCGGCCCUCUCACCACCGACGACAGGAGAACACUGAUCGGCGUGACGUCAUUCGGCUCGAUCCGCGGCUGCCAACACAACCUACCCGCCGGCUUCGCUCGCGUCACCUCCUUCCACUCCUGGAUCCGCGCCCGCAUUUGAAUUGUUACUCUUUACAUCUGAUUAAUCAAAAUUUAAA